AUGUACGUGUUUUAUUUGAAUCUUCCUUGGACAAUUGACGAAUCCGAGUACAACUGUAGUGGUCGUACGGCAUCCGAAUGGAAGAGCAGAGGUACUGUGAAUGAAGUGCAAGGGAUCUAUUAUGCAGUGUCAGGAACUUUCUUCGUGGCUCUUUAUAUAGUAUGCCUAAUCGGAAUGUACCGUGGAAAGCUGCUAAAGACUCCUUGUUACCGCCUUAUGUUCUUCAAUGGCUUCAUUGAUAUCAUGGAUCUCUUUGCAAGCUCACUCAUCCCUGCUUACUUUCCAUUUGACUGGAGCAGUCUUCUGUUCAUCGGAUGGCUUUCAGCUGGUUCGCUGGAUAUUUUUCAUGGAAAAGCAAUCAGGAUUUGGAUGGCGCUGUCUGUUCUGUACAUGGUUGUUCUUCCAUUCAUCACGCGAACGCAUCCAUUCAAUUCAAAGAUCAGUACAUACAUGCCCUCCCCAAUGAUUACCGACGAUCCCGCCAAGGAAGCAGCUCACUUUGCUACACUCCUAGUAACAGUGCACAAUGCCACCAUAGUACUUGUGAUGAUAUGUCUUUACUCACUUCUCUGUUUUUACGUUAUCUACAUGCGACGAUAUGUGAAGGGAAUUCAUUACAAAAUCCAAAUUCAG